GACUUAGUAGUACCAACAACAACUACUAAAAAUAUUCUGAAAGUUCCGAAGAGUAAACCUGUCAUAUAAAAGUUAUUUAUAAUAAUAAGGUGUCCUCCAUUAUGGGAGUAGUGAGUAUGGGGUAAAGAUGCCAGACCAGUCAAUAAGUGUCUCCCCCUCCGGCUACCUGACAGUAGAGGAGGGGAAGGUUUUCCAGGAGCGGUUUUGCUGCAUUGAUACCAAGGCAAAGAGUAUGAACAUAUACACUGAUGAUCCAAUGAUCAAGUCACAUAAAGCAGUUUGUCUGAAGACUAUUGAUUUCAAACUUGUGUCCAUGGCACAAGCAACAGGUCAAAGACAAAGUGGUCCAAAACAUAAAUAUGAAAAUUGCUUUUCAAUAACUUCCCUCGGGGAUGAGCAUGUGUUCAAAGCCAGAAGUUCAGAAGAGAUGCAAAAAUGGAUUGAAAUAAUCAACAACGAAUGUAAAGUUACAGUGCCAAGAAGGUCUAUGUCUUUGACUUCUUCUGAAGGAAAGGAGUCGGAGGAAGGUGGUUAUAGUAUGUCAGUAGUCGCAGGGGUGCUGCAUAAAACUUUGGUUGAGGAUAUUGAUGUUUCCAGUGACAUAGACACAGAUGAUGAUUUGAUGGAUUAUACAUGUACCCUGCAGUACAGCAUCCGGCCAGCAAAAAUAAUCAAGUCUGGAUAUGCAGUUAAACAAGGAUAUAUUAUGAAAAAUUGGAAAAGACGGUUUUUCAUUUUGGAUGAUGAGGGUGUAUCAUAUUUUGCUAAUGAACAAGCAAGUAAACCCAUACGAAUAAUACCCAGAGAUAGUAUUAUUGAAGCAAGGCCAUCGGUUGGUAUUCACCCAAACAGAGAUAACCUGCUUGAACUUGUGACAAAAGAACGGGUGUUCUACCUCCAAGUUGAAUGGAAGGAGGAUGUCACGUCUUGGAUCAGUGCAAUUAAUAACUAUGUCUAUGAAAAAAAGGAUUCAAUAAGGAAUGCUGAAGUUCAGACAACAGAUUCGUUGCCACGAAAUGCUAGUCUUCCUGCUAAUCUCGGCAGACAGGCUGUACAGGUGAAAUCACAGAGCACUGCGUCCCAGACCACAGAUUUCCUCCGUAAGAAGCAAUCGGUGAAAACCCCCUUGCCAGACAGAAUUGUCCAGGUAUAUUAUCAGACAGAGAUUUUAUGACAUUGCAACAUAUUUGUGAUAAUCGUGUGAACUUUUUGAGUGGAUCCUCUAUAUGUAUGUUUAAGGUGCUAAAUUAUUACAGUGUUUCGAUUGGUUGAUCUAUAAAUUGUCUGUCUACAUUAUUGAUACAUUGUGAUUACGAAAUGUAGAAUUUAAAUUCUUUUUAACACACAAUAUUGCUGAGGCUCAAAUUCAUCAUUGAUAAAUUUGCUUGUAACAAAUUGUAUUUUUAUUACACCCCUUAAUAGAAUGUCUGUUAGUUAUUUGGUAACCUUUUGACCCCCAUUACUGAGAAUACUAAUAACCUACAUGUAGCUGUGUAAAUCAUUAAUGAGCUUGGCUUAAAUUAUCUCUAAUCUACUGUUAUUGACUUGGUAUAGUUUUAAAGUACACGUAAUGCUUAUGUGUGUGGGGACACUUCUCUUCUUAUAAAGUCAUUCAGGGACUAGGUCUUACCUUAGAGCUUGGAGGAAUUAUACUUGUCAAGUAUAAUUCCUCCAAGCUUAGAGUAAGGUCUUACAUGUAAUUGAGACAAUUUUAGCACCAAAUUUCAUACCACAUAGAUAUAUCUGAUGAGCUAUGUCCCCUCUUCAAUACCAAUAACUGCUUCUUUCUCCCAAUUUUAUCACAAAUUUCCCUCCUUGAAGUGUCCUAGCAUUAAUAUCCUCUGUUGGCACUUUAGUUUGACUCCUUGCUUUCUUUUUUUCAACAGAGUUAUUCAACGUACCUGUGAUGCCUGGUACUGGUUCUCACACCGGAGUACUAGUCCAGCUUAGGGUGGAGGUGCUUGUAGCUGCUUCCUGUACAUGUACAUAUACAGUCUCCUCUGCUGGCUGACUGCGAGAGGUAGACCUUACAGCCAUGUUAAUCUAUGCAUUACAUUGGGUUCACAUUGCCUAUUGGUGUGUUUAUACUGUCUCAUUGGUUGGGAUUUGGGAAGGUUUAUUGGAAAUUUCGAAGAACUGACUCCCACCCUUGAAAUUGGCAUUCACUAUGUUUUGAAAGAAUUCUAAUUGCUUUAGGAUUUUAAGUUCAAGCCAAAAUGAUGGUGCCUUUGGUCAAACCUUGAUAAGCAGCCAGGCAAGGGUGGGUAGAUACUAAUGAGCUAUUAUGCAAAUGUAGUCUAAUGAAAACUAGCUUUAAAUGUUUAACUUUUGUGUCAUACUGUAGUCGACGUGUAGAGUACAAUGUAUUGUAACUCCUUCUGUGUAAUCAUGUAUUCUAUCUCGAGAACUGAUGUAAGAGUGCUGUAUUAUUUCUACUGUCUGCUGCUGUCAUUACUUCUGAAGAUCUCCAGUAUAUAUAGGUGGUACAGUAAUACAUGUAACCGAAGUUAAACGAACAAGCCUUACAUACGUAUAUACUUGAUGUAGCCAUAUAAGCACGAUCCUAAAGAUUACUUUAGACAAUCAAACAAAAUAUCCUUGUACCGGUAAUUGUAAUUGGGGACGUCUUGUGUAAGGUUACAUUCCAGUUUAACUUGACAAAAGUUUGCAAGGUUAUUUUGCUAGUGACAUUCAGUUGCCUAUGCGUGUAAAUCUAUGAAAAUCAAAAUGCUUUCAAAAAUUUCAUCGUUUGCGGUAAGAUUGGGAUCAUACAUUUAAUUCCUAACUAUGUUAAACAUGUAGUUGUACACAUGUAGAUGUAACAAACUGCCAUAUUCUUUAUUUACAAUAAUUUGUGUUGCAGUAAGUAUGUAUAUUUAGUUCAGUUAUAUGCCAUACAUUAAAUAAAUGUGUUAUAAAUCCAUAUUUUUUGUAUAUGUAAUGACCAAUAUGUGAUUAUGUCGAUUAGGUGUUUCUAUAAAAUAGGCUCAAUCAUUUUCUAUCAUAUUUAUGUGUGUUCCAAAGAAGUGCUGUUAGCUUAGCUCAAAAGUAUCCAAGUGUUUAUAGGCAGUGUUAAAACUCAUUACAGUUUUCUAACAUGUACAUAUGGGAAUAGACCCACAAUCAACAAGGGGGGGGGGGCAUUAUGUUAUUUUGUUCCGUGUCUCUCUGGUUCCAGAAUUUCGGCUCAAAAACUCUUCUGUUCACUUAUGUGUAAGCCAAAUCAUCUUUGUUUGAUCAAUUUUGUUCAGACAUGGGCCAAAUACCAAAAUGGAUUGGAAAUAUGAUUCAGGAAUACAAGAGAAUAAAGUACAUGUAGGGUCAGUGUUGUAUCUUGUUUUUAUAAGCUUGUCACUUCUGUUUGCUGAAAAUAAUCUGUUAACAAGAUGUGAAUGAAAAAGUCUAUCGAAUAAUAUUAUGUCUUCCUGUUUUUUAUAAGUGAACAAUAUAACAUUAUCAGUA